CCCUUCCCGCGGCAGAGUUAUGCCAAGUAUGUGAGCAGCCCGCGAGGGCCCGCGCUGGCCAUGGGGAGCCGCCGCCGCCUCCGCCAGCGCCGCGUUCUCCCGAGCGGGGCGCCGACCUCUCCCCGCGGCGGGGGUGAUCCCGGUUCCUGAGGCUGAGAGGAUGGCGGACCCUCUGAGGCGGACGCUGUCCAGGCUCCGGGGGAGGCGAGGUCCCCGCGCCGCCGGCGGACUCGGGCUCCGGGCGGCCGCUGCCGCCACGGUGGCGGCCUCCUCCGCUGCCCAGAGAGACGCGGGGGGUGCUCUGGCCGGCCCCGCACGCGAGCGCGCCCGCGGAGCCCCGCCGAGCCCGGAGCCGCCCCCGCCGUCGCUGCAGGCGCGGGGCCCCAGGGCGCUGGGCGCGGGACGGCGUCCGGAGCCGGCGGGGGCGCACGGGCCUCGGCCGCGCGGCGGGAAGGAGGCCGCCCCUCGGGGCGGCGGGCUGGCUCGCGCCUCGGUGCUCGGCGCGCCGGACUCGGAGGGCAGCGCGGAGGAGGACGAGGACGAGGACGCAGCCGACUACUACGAGAACCUGCCCGGCGGCUCCCGGUCCGCGCCGGAGCCCGAGGGGGCGGAGGCGGAGCGGUGGCCCCCGCCUCCCCCGGCGGCGGGCUCCUCCCCGGGGGCGGAGGGCGGCCGCCUGGAGACGGGCAGGCUGCAGACCCAGUUGCGAGAGGCCUAUUAUCUGCUGAUCCAGGCUAUGCACGACCUGCCCCCUGACUCGGGCGCGCGGCGGGGCUGGGCGGAUCGCUGCUGCCCUGCGGGAGCCCGGGCUCCGGGCCAGCCGCCUUCCGCCUGCGGCGCUGCGGAGCGCCGAGCCGGCCCCCGAGGCUGGGAGCCGGGAGCCCGGGGCCGCCCUUGGCAGCAGGUGUCCCUGCCCUGGUCGCCUCCGAGGGAGCCGUGGAGAGGCCGCCUGCAGACUCCUCGGAUGCGCCUGUCCUGCAGCAGAAGCCUCGAGAGCCUCCGGGUAGGUGCCAAGCCCGCGCCCUUCCAGCGGUGGCCGAGCGACAGCUGUAUCAGGUGCGGCGCGCGCGGGGACCGGGACGAGCCCCCGCCACGUGGAGGCGGGAUGGACGGCUGGAGUGGAGGCAGCGCACCCGCCGCCGCGCCUUACGGCCUCCCGAGUCCCCGCUCCAAGGACCCCGGCCGUUCCCCGGGAAGCACUUUAAGGGAUUCUGCGGGCUCCCCUGUGAUCGGCAGCAAAGGAGACGACCAAGAGGGGCUCCCCUUCCUUAAGCCGCCCGCGGUGACAGUCAAGAAGCUGCAGAAAUGGAUGUACAAAGGACGCCUGCUGUCCCUGGGAAUGAAGGGUCGCGCCGGGGCGACACCCCCCAAAGUCACGGGAGCGCAGGACACCUCUCCAAGUCCGGGAGCUUUGAAAAUGCGGGAAAGCCAAGUCCUCUCGGUGCCCCCAGACGAAAGAAUUACGCUGACAGAGGGCGGGCAUGAGGAACUCGGGGGCUUUUGUUUUUUUCUUCUCUAUGAACCAGUGUGCCUACUUCCUAAGCACAACAAUUUAUUUGAAAAUGUAUAUGGUUCUACAAUGAAAAGAAGAGAACUUGAUGAUUUGAAGGGUAAUAUUGGAUUCAGAGAUCAUAAGCCACUUAACAGUAUCACUGUGUCAAAGAAACGCAAUUGGCUAUAUCAGAGUACUCUGCGACCUUUUAAUUUGGAGGAAGAAGAAAAUAAGAAAUACCAACAUAUAAGCCAUUUACCCAUCUCACCUGUCUCUCCACGUAAACAUCAGCUAUCACAACCUUUCCUCAAAUCAUCUGAAGAUUAUUGUAGGUAUGUGGGGUGUAAUGAUACAGAUUCUUCGUUAUCAAGAAACUGUUCUUUAGACUUCAAUGAGGAAAACGAUGCAGAUGAUGAAGGGGAAAUAUGGUACAACCCCAUUCCUGAGGAUGAUGACGUUGGCAUAUCAAAUGCUUUGAGUUUGGGUGAGGCGAACUCUGCUGUUCUGAAGUUUCCUGCUGUCAGUUUGAGAGUAUUAGCCAGUAGCGACCUACUAAAAGCAGAGCCGCAUCCUGACGACUUGCUGUGCUCUUCUGAACACACAGGCAGUGUUCAGACCACACAGUCAAAUGCAGUGAAGCCUGUAGAUUCUAUCCAUUCCACAGAAUUUGUGCAGCAGUACAAGCAGAGGCUUGGACACAAGACACAAGACGGUAUAAUGGUGGACGACAAUCCCAUGUUGAAAUCUCCGUUUGCAGGUCCUAGUAUCCUAGCUGCUACAAAUAAGACCGAAUUGGGAGUUAUAGAACCAUCUUCUCCAAGCCCUAGCCUUGGGAAAAAAGGCAGUUCGAUUAAUUGGUCUUUCCCAGAUAAAAUAAAAUCUCCACGCACUGUGAGGAAACUUUCCAUGAAAAUGAAAAGGUUGCCAGAACUUAGCCGAAAACUGAGUGUUAAAGGAAACUUGAAUUACAUAAACAGUCCAGAUAACACCCCUUCCUUGUCUAAAUGCGACUAUCAAGAAAUUCAUCAUACUGUUAUUCUGCCUUCUGGGAACACAACCACAGCUGCUAAGAGGAAUGUUAUAAGUCGGUACCACCUCGAUACCAGUGUGUCUUCUCAGCACAGCUACCGGAAGAAACCCUCUAUGAGUUCUAAGUAUUCCUGCAGAGGGGGUUAUCUCAGUGAUGGAGAUUCACCUGAACUUAUAACUAAAUCUAGCAAACAUGGAUCUGAAAACAGAUUUGGAAAGGGAAAAGAAAUAAUUCCAAAUAGCUGUAGCAAGAAUGAAAUUGACAUUGAUGCUUUUAGACAUUAUAGCUUUUCUGAUCAACCUAAGUGUUCACAAUACAUAUCUGGGCUCAUGAGUGUGCAUUUCUAUGGUGCUGAGGAUUUAAAACCACCUCGGAUAGAUUCAAAAGAUGUCUUUUGCGCAAUUCAGGUAGACUCAGUAAACAAAGCAAGAACUGCUUUGCUCACGUGUCGGACGACAUUUUUAGACAUGGAUCACACUUUCAACAUAGAAAUUGAAAAUGCUCAGCAUUUGAAGUUAGUAGUAUUUAGCUGGGAACCCACUCCAAGAAAAAAUCGAGUGUGCUGUCAUGGAACUGUUGUUCUCCCCGCCUUAUUCAGAGUGACAAAGACACAUCAGUUGGCUGUCAAACUUGAGCCCAGAGGCCUUAUUUAUGUAAAAGUGACGCUUUUGGAACAGUGGGAGAAUUCUCUUCAUGGACUAGAUAUAAAUCGGGAGCCAGUCAUGUUUGGUGUUGAUAUUCGAAAAGUUGUAGAGAAAGAGAAUACAGGAUUGAUGGUGCCACUCCUGAUACAGAAAUGUAUUAUGGAAAUUGUAAAGAGAGGCUGCCAGGUAGUAGGCCUGUACCGAUUAUGUGGUUCGGCAGCAGUCAAGAAAGAACUUCGGGAGGCUUUUGAGAGAGAUAGCAAAGCUGUUGUUCUGUGUGAAAACCAGUACCCAGAUAUAAAUGUAAUAACAGGUGUUCUUAAGGAUUAUUUAAGAGAACUUCCUUCUCCGCUGAUAACAAAGCAGCUUUAUGAGGCUGUAUUAGAUGCAAUGGCGAAAAAUCCCCUGAAAAUGUCAUCAAACAGUUGUGAGAAUGAUCCAAGUGACUCUAAGUACACUGUGGACCUGUUGGAUUGCCUGCCUGAUGUUGAGAAGGCAACCCUAAAGAUGUUGUUGGAUCAUUUGAAAUUGGUGGCUUCUUACCACGAAGUGAAUAAGAUGACCUGCCAGAACUUGGCUGUGUGCUUCGGACCAGUAUUACUAAGUCAGAGGCAAGAGACUUCCAACCACAACAACAGGGUCUUUACCGAUUCAGAAGAGCUUGCAAGUGCUUUGGACUUUAAAAAACACAUUGAAGUUCUUCAUUACUUACUUCAGCUCUGGCCAGUGCAGCGUUUAACUGUCAAAGAAUCACCAGAACAGAAUUCUUCUCUGAAUUAUUUGAGGAAGAAGAAGGAACGACCUCAGAUGUUAAAUUUGAGUGGUACCGACUCAUCAAGAGUACUUAGGCCACGGCAAACCAGGUUAGACAGUCCACUUAGCAAUCGUUACGCAGGAGACUGGAGCAGCUGUGGAGAAAACUACUUUUUAAAUACAAAAGAAAAUUUAAAUGAUGUGGAUUAUGAUGAUGUCCCUUCAGAAGAUGGAGAAAAUUGCAGCAAAAUGUAUGGACCCGAUAUAAUGAUUAAACAGCCAAUUCCCUUGUCCAAAGAGCGCACAUUUCAGACGUAUUUGACAAUGCAGACAAUUGAGUCUACAGUGGAUCGAAAAGUCAAUCUCAAAGAUCUACAAGAAAGUAUUGAUACAUUGAUUGGAAAUCUGGAGCGUGAGCUCAACAAAAACAAGCUUAGUAUGAGUGUUUGAGAAUUUUUGUUUUUUCAUAAUGUUUAAAGUUUCAAAUCUUUCUCACAAGGGAAGUUUUUAUUUUUAUUUUUUAUUCUUAAAGCCUUCAGUUAAUUUCUAAUAAGUUAAUGUGAUUCAAUUAAAAACACAUAUUCACUAAUAUAAUUUUUACCUAUCUUAUUAGGAAAUUUUACUUGGGGUAAAGAUAACUUGGACUUCUUGGGUAUAUUUUAAUAAAUCUUGCCAAUUCUUUGGAGAUAACUUUAAAUGCACUUACAGCAUUCACAUAAGUUAUUAGCCCCUCACAAUUUUUGUACUUCAUAGGAAUUGCUCUUCUGUAGCUGAAACAGAUGUUCCUUUUAGAGGAAUAUUGCAGCUGCUCAGUUGGAUUUGCAGUAUGAGUCCAUGGACACUGCAACACCACUUGAUCACAUUUCAUUUGCAAUGCAAAUGCUGCUAUAUAAGAACCUUUUUGUAAAUGAAAGUAAAAGUAUACAAAUAUUAAUGUAUUCUGUAUUAACAGUAUUUAAGCUUAUGGAAAUUAAAUAUUUUUAUAAUCCUGAAAAUAUGUAUAUAUUUAUAAGUGCACAUAUGUGUAGGUAUUAAUGGGGGGGAAGUAUUGGUUGCAGAAUCACAUGUAUCUUUAAAAUAUAUGUCAUGAGGCCAAAAUCAUUAGCUUAAGAAUGUUGUUUUCAGGGAAAGAACAUUUAAGUCAAAGGAGGAAUUGCAUAGAAACACAUGAACCAAAGUACUAGAUGCCUCUGAGUAGAAAUAAUAGACUAUAUUUGGUUCACAGAAAGUCACAAUAUCCCCAGUGAGAAGUCACCUUUUAAAUUGAAAUCCUCUAACUGAAAGGAUUAAGUGCCCAGAUUUCUGCACUGGUGACUUAGAUUAUAAAAAUGUUCACCUACUCUAUGCAUAUUUUAAGUUCUGCUUUAAAAAAUCAUGCAUAAAUCAUAUUUAUUUGUAAUAGUACAUUUAUAACAUUGACUUUAUAAUUACCCUCAUUUGUUUCUAAAAAAAUCUUGCCAGUAUACUACAUGUUACUGAUUUUUAAAAAUUAACUUAUUUAAGUUUAUCUACAGGGUAGUCAUUAUAGCGAUCACAGCAGUGUUUGAAAAUGUACAUUUAAAAGCCUUUUGUUUUAUUAAAUUGGAAUGUAUUUUUAAAACUUUUAUACCUAUGGAAUGUAUAAUUUUAAAAUUAUAAAUAAAAUUUGAAUUAUCAACUUAAACAUUUAGCAGCCAUUAGGAAACCCGACUUCUUGAUGUUUUUCUAAAUAUUAUAUUUAACUAUUUCUUUGCAAUACACAUUGGUAAAUAGAGGACCUUUUUAUUUAAUUUGAAUACUUAAUUGUUUUUUUAAAUACCCAGAUAAAUAACUAUUUUUAUGUGAAAUUUUAAGUUUUUAAGCUUUUGUAUAACAAUCUAGAAGAAUAAUACCAAAAGAAUAUAUGACAGGAAUAUGUUCUGAGUAAAUAGUCAAAAGAAAUGUACUUUAAAUAAUUUGUAGGAAGGCUGUCUCAGUCUUCUUCCUCUUGUUUGCUAUGUCAUGUACAGACUAUACAAUAAGUUGUUCCAGAAAUGUAAAACUUUUAUUAAAAUAUUAUAACCUUGGUGUCAUAC